GGAAUUCCUUUCCAAUCCUGAGUUGAAUUGAAUUAAAAUUCAAAUGUAGAAUUCUAGUUCCACUCUAUUUCCUUUUCUCCAUUGUUUCCAAUUUUCACUUUCUCUCUCUUUCUCGCUCGCUGAAAGAUUGGAAUGAAAGUCGGAAAGCAUUGGAGCGGAGUUGGGAGAGAGAGACUCAGAAUCAGAUGUCUUGAGGCGGUGACUUCUGCUCUCUCUCUCUCUCUCUCUCAAUUAUUCCCACGCAAUAAAAAUUUCCUUUCACUAUCACCCAAUACCAAGUUCUUCUCUGCUCCUUUAUUAUACGCCCUCAGCCAGUCUCCAUGGAUGCGUACGGACAAACCCUCCAACAAUCACUCUCCAGCCACAGAAAAAUGGCGGUGGAUGGCGAGAGCAGAGGCAGUGCGUUUCGGAUUAAAAAUUGCGCGUUUGAUCUGUUGUCAAGUUGGGAGCAUCUGAUCAUGGAGGAUGAUGAUGAUGAUGAUGAUAAUGUGGUGCGGGAUCCCAUGGCGGAUGAUGCUGGUGAUGAUGAUUAUGAGUGGUUGGAUUUGAUGCAAAGAGACCUUCGACUCAAAUCGACUUUUUUGUAUUGCGAUUUCAAUCAGAUGAUCUCUGCGGCGCCCCACGAUGAUCAGAGCAAAUCUCUCACUCAACUUGCCAACAAAUUGCUCUCCUCCAUCCAAGAGUUAGACACAGCAUCGAGCAGUGGAUGCAUUCAUCUGAUACAAGAUCGAUACAAUGAUGUUGCUAUUAUUUUAAAAGAGGUUGUCGCACUCAUGCCUUGACCGAUUUGAAAUUGUCACUUUAAAUUGUUUGUGCAUAACAUACUUUGAAUAAGGAGUGCUUUUUAAAGAGUCUUUUUUGUUACAAA